GCAUAAAUGGUACUUUCCAGGAAGUCCCGUGCAAUGUGUAAUCCUGUAGUUUUUCGUGUCUUUGUGAAACAAACGCACGAUGAGUAGGAUAAAUGUUUUUAUUCUUUGAUAAAACCACAUCAUUUUUGACACAUGGCAGCUUCUUGAAAGAAUCCAACACAGUUUGACAGCAGCUAGCGGUCCCUGCUCUGCAGGAGAGCUAACAUGCCUGACUGCUUCAGUGUGUGUGCGGCGCUCCUCCUGGCUCUCCUCAUUCUAACAUUAGCAGGUUUUAUUGUUUAUAUAGGUCUCCUGACGGACAUCAUAGUGCAAACCGGCUGUCCUACAUUCAAAAAGCUAAGUUUCGCUUAUAAAUUCAAAGAAGGAUCAUACGGCGAUAGUAGGAAACUUUUUAAGGAGGCUCGCUGUGUUGGACUUGGAGUCCCAUGCCUUGGGGUGUUUUAUGACGUCCCUAAAAAGGUUACAACUCCACUCUGCCGCUAUGCUGUUGGCUGUAUUCUGAGUGAGGGAGGAAACAAAGUUGAUGAAGAAGUGCUAAAACGCUGCAAGGCAUCAGGAUUUAAUGUGGUCUCCUUCCCUCAAGUCAGCCACGUGAUCUCUACCUCAUUCCCUCACAGAGCCCUUUUUUCUGCAUUCUUCAGAGUGAGAAGAGUCUAUCCACAGCUUGAGCUCUACAUCAAGAAACGCAGGCUCUGUGCUCACCCAUUCCUGGAGCUCUACAGAGAGGGUGAGAUCCAGUUCAUCGUCCCUCUGGCUCGGCAGGGGGAUUUUUAUGUUCCUGAGGUACGACAGGCAGAGAAGAGGCUGUCAGAACAAGAGGAAUCUUUCAGUGAUACAGACAUCUCAGGUGCGGAAUCCAACAGCGAAUACAGUUCUGGGAUAUGCAUACUGGAUUCGGAGAGCAGAGAGACUUCAUCGGUGGCAUCCUCCGUCCGCACCGGCUCUGUCCGAGAUCAAGGGGGUGGAGACAGAGGGAGAAGCUCAGGGGCAGCCCAGUUUAAAGACCCUAACUUGACGUGGACUGGUGGAGAUCAGAAUAUGGGAGAAGAUUAUGGAGAGUCCAAGAAGGAAAGCCUGCAGGCCUUUAAGCAGGAGUUAUUGGGUGUCACAGGAGAGGAGUAAUGAAGGUUCAGUAGCACAUGACCUGAAGUAAAAAAAAAAUGGCUGCUCUUUAAUUAUAAAUAACUCAUAAGAAAAAAAUCUAAACUAUCAAAGGUUUUUAAAUAUUUUUGACGAAACAGUUUUAUUUUUAUAAAAUGUUCUUACUUCUGUUUUUGGUUGGAAUGACAUAAUACAUGAAGUUUAUCAAGGCAAACAGAAUCGAAAGCUUGAUUUGUUUCAUAGCGAUUCCAUUAGUAUGUUUCAUACUUUGAACAGACUUUUAUUUUGGAAUUAUAAUAUUUGCUCUUAUUUAUUUGACAUUU